UUAAUCAGCUCCAGUCAUCAUUAGGGUUGUAAUGAUUUAGGUUCCCUUGAUAGUUUCAGUAAAAGAGCAUCUGAAAGCACGAGGUCUGUCCUGCUGCUUCUCUGUGACCUACAAAGUCCCUGGCUGAGGUCUCAAAGCAGUGGACGGCUGGGAGCUGGGGGCGCGACGGUGACAGUGGCACCAGGUGUACGACGGCUUAGCAGGGCACGAGCCUACUUCUGCCAGCUGGCUGAGGAACAACGUGUAGGUUUUAUCAGGCUGUGAAUGAGUUUGACACCAUGACCGCUGAGGACUCCACUGCAAGGAUGAGCAAUGAUUCCACCAAUGUGUCUACCACAAAAGUCCCUGAAGGCGUUGCUGGUGCGCCCAAUGAGGCAGCUCUGCUGGCGCUCAUGGCCCGCACUGGAUAUAGCAUGAUCCAGGAGAAUGGGCAACGCAAGUACGGUGGCCCUCCUCCAGGCUGGGAUGGCCUGCACCCUCCUCGCGGCUGUGAAGUCUUCGUGGGCAAAAUCCCCCGUGAUGUCUAUGAAGAUGAGCUGGUCCCCGUGUUCGAGUCUGUUGGCCGCAUCUACGAAAUGCGCUUGAUGAUGGACUUUGACGGGAAGAACCGCGGGUACGCCUUCGUGAUGUACACACAGAAGCACGAGGCAAAGCGUGCAGUCAGGGAGCUGAAUAACUAUGAAAUCCGCCCCGGCAGGCUGCUGGGUGUGUGCUGCAGCGUGGAUAACUGCCGGCUCUUCAUUGGAGGCAUUCCCAAGAUGAAGAAGAGAGAAGAGAUCCUGGAAGAGAUCUCCAAGGUGACAGAAGGUGUGCUGGAUGUCAUUGUGUACGCCAGCGCUGCAGACAAGAUGAAAAACAGAGGUUUCGCCUUUGUGGAGUAUGAGAGCCAUCGAGCAGCAGCAAUGGCCAGGAGAAAACUCAUGCCGGGAAGGAUCCAGCUAUGGGGACAUCAGAUUGCUGUUGACUGGGCAGAACCAGAGAUAGAUGUGGAUGAAGAUGUCAUGGAGACUGUUAAAAUUCUCUAUGUAAGGAAUUUAAUGAUUGAGACCACAGAGGACACCAUUAAAAAGGUCUUUGGUCAGUUUAACCCUGGCUGUGUAGAGAGAGUGAAAAAAAUACGUGAUUACGCCUUUGUGCACUUCACAACCAGGGAAGAUGCCAUUCAUGCCAUGAACAACCUUAACGGUAUUGAACUGGAAGGCUCGUGCCUGGAAGUUACCUUGGCCAAGCCAGUAGACAAGGAGCAAUACACUCGCUACCAGAAAGCAGCAAAAGGAGGGGCUGCAGCAACGUCCGAAGUAACUCAGCAACCUAAUUAUGUUUACUCUUGUGAUCCAUACACACUAGCAUAUUACGGAUAUCCAUACAAUGCCUUGAUUGGGCCCAACAGAGAUUACUUUGUGAAAGCAGGCAGCAUACGAGGCAGAGGGCGAGGUGCAGCUGGCAACAGAACCCCAGGCCCCAGGGGUUCCUACCUGGGGGGAUACUCCGCUGGCCGUGGAAUCUACAGCAGGUACCAUGAAGGCAAAGGAAAACAGCAAGACAAAGGAUACGAGCUGGUUCCCAACUUGGAGUUACCAGCCGUCAAUCCGGUGGCCAUUAAGCCUGGUGCAGUGGCCAUCCCUGCCAUUGGUGCCCAGUACUCCAUGUUUCAGGCUGCACCACCAGCCAAGAUGAUGGAAGAUGGUAAAAUCCACACUGUUGAACACAUCAUCAAUCCUAUAGCUGUCCAGCAGGACCCAGCCAGUGCAGCAGCUGCUGCAGCAGCCGCAGCUGCAGCUGUAAUACCAGCGGUAUCAACACCUCCUCCCUUCCAGGGUCGCCCCAUCACGCCAGUGUACACCAUGGCUCCCAAUGUGCAGCGGAUCCCCACAGCCGGGAUUUAUGGGACAAGUUAUGUGCCAUUCGCGGCACCUGCUGCGGCAACAGCAACAAUAGCCACGCUACAGAAGAACGCCGCUGCUGCCGCUGCUGCUGCUGCCUAUGGAGGAUAUGCUGGCUACAUCCCCCCAGCUUUUCCAGCUGCCACCAUCCAGGUGCCCAUCCAUGACAUCUACCAGACGUAUUGAGACUGCCAGCGGAGGAGGAUGGCAGAGAAACACACACUGAAGGAACACUUUACUAUUUAUGAAGAAAGAACCGUCUGCGAAAGAGUAAAUAUUUGGGCUUGGUAAACUGAUGCAGAAAGUGAAGAAUGCCAUAGAAAAAUGUGUUCGAAAUAUUUUCUAUGCUUGAAGGUUUCACUAACUUUUUUAGGCUAUUUUUAAAAUUUAACAGGCCUAUAUUCAUACAUUUCCAAAGGACCUCAAUGCAUCCAGCCCACCGCUGACAUGCAUUUAUACGCAUUGUAGUGGGAUUGCAUAGGGUCUUUUUUUUUUUUUAACAGUUAUAUUUUCAAUAUAUUUGUGGUAUGAAGGUUAUUUUUUAGUAAUUUCUGCACUCCAGAGAAGUCUAUUUUGUAGUGCCUUUAAUAAUAUAUCAGCUAUAUAUUAAAAAGCACACCUGAGCAGCUAGGGAAAGUUUUAACAAUAUAUUUUGAAGAAUAUAUUCAAUAUUUAAGGAAUACAUACCUUAGUGUUUUGUUUUGUUUUGUUUUGUUUUUUAAGAAAAAAACAACAUGUAUCUUAUUUAAAAAUUAUACUGGAAAGUGCAAUUUGAAAAAUGUGCAAGACCUCUGCAGUUUUGUGCUGGCAUUAAUACAAUCUGCUCUUUCUUAUUUGAAAUCACAAGUAACUAAUACUGACUGUUUGGGAGAAAGAGAAAAUGAAAAAAAGCCUUCUCACACAUACCUCUUCACAGUGUGAUUUGCAGGCUUGUCUUAAGCAAAGGAAAGGCUCCAAGUUUUCCUUAACAACUGGAUUUUCUAUUUAUUGAAGCUACUUGUAGUUGGAAUAUGUGCAGAAAUGAGUAGCUGAUAUUUUACGCAAGGUGUCUUGACUUAGAUAUUCAUCCAGUAUAAAGCCUCAGUUCUUUUUCAAUGCUCUUUAUUUUAUUCUUUGAAGUAUAUGUUGUAGUGACUAAGAAUGUAUGCUGUCAAGAGCAGCCAUGCUCUCACUGAGACGAUAUGCAGCAUUACUUACCUAUUGCUCCAUCAUGUUCCAUGAGAAAUUUCAAAGGUACUAGGUGUGGUAGUGAUACUGGAAUUAGUGAAACAGGGGCUAGCCCCCUCCCAGCCUCCCUUCCACUUUUAAUUUCCAUUCUCCGCAACUGGAGUUGUACAUGCACAUCAGGGCGGGAGUGAUUAGACCCAAUGAUUUUAAGACAUAGAGCUUGUAAAUAUCUUUUAAUAUACAUUUUUAAAGUCAUUUUAUGUUGCAAAUCUACAUAGUAUGUGGUUUGCCACAAAACAAAAACCUUUUAUUGCGAUAUUAUAAAAAAGUUUGUUUUAUUAAGAAGUAAAUAUAUUAUUGCAGUGUUUUGUGGCCUGUUUAAAGGCUUUUAUUUAGUAGUGCAGUGAAUGUAAAACAUAGUAAAAUGGUAAAGAAAUAUCUUGCCCUUUGUAUGAAGUGCAUCAGCUCUGCAAACACAGCUCUGGUGACACAAGGUGCAUAGCAGGGAGUCAGUAAACAAUGUUCCUUUACUUUUUGUGGUAUGAGUACCUACCAAAGGGGUUUCGCAUUGAGUAUAUUUUGAAAACUGAAUCACUCUCAGACUGCAUCCAGCUCAGUUAAGUGACCUUUUUAAUACGCUUCUUCUGCUUGCCUCAAAAUUGAGCAGUUGUAUUUUAGGUGCUCUUGCUCAGACAAGCUGAGCUCCCCUUGACCCUGUCGACCCGUUACCAAAAGCACUGUGAGGUUAACCAUUAGGUCGGACUCUGCCCCUCCACACCCCUUCCCGGGAUACUUUUUAUUGUCUGUACCUGCCCAUCUGAAAGCACAUCCAGACCUCAGCCCCCAGGCCCUGCCCCUGUGUAGGGGAAGAGGAGGAGAUAUGGGCAAAGCCUGGGGAGCAGGAGGGAAAAGCCCCCAGGAGGAGGCCAGCACCGUAUCCUCCAGUCCUCCAGACAGAAGACCAGGACUGGAGUUCACUUGUUUCCUAAUCAAAGAAGACAGAAGCUCUGUCUCACAUUUCUCGCUCAGGCAAAACUGCAGAUCACACAUGUGGGAGAUAGGUUGCACUUUGAGCCCAUCCUUGUGUGUUUUUGCAAUGUCACAGAAGUUCAGCCUUAGCUCAGCCGCUGCCAGCAAUCCAUGCACUGGUGGGAAGCAGGAAGCCACAGGGUGACUGAGACCUGGACUUCCUCCUUGCAGCAUGCGUGAGGUUUCGAGACACUCUGAUUAAGCGACUGUGUUACACAUUUUGGCUUUCAUACAAGUUUUUCUCAGUCUGCUCCUUUUGGAGUUGGGACCAAAACACCACCAAGGUCUAAAAGGAUUAAAUUUAAGAGUAAUAAAUGGUAUUUUAAAUUUAAAUUAAAAAAAAAAUCCACUCCUUGAGUAAACAAACUUCCUUGUCUUUCUGUGACAUCUUUGUGAGCGAUAGGAAGGGAGGGAGAAUACGGAAAUGUACAGCACUUGGCACUGGUUACACCUUAAACUAGUUUUUCAACAUUUUACAACCAGCUCUGGCCAUGUGAUCUGU